GACGGAUUCCGUUACAUGUUGAAUGUGCUGGAGCCUCGUUAUUGUAUUCCUAGUCGCAAACGGAUGAGCGAAGAGAUUAUCCCAAGACUGUACAAUGAAGUGAAGCAAAACAUUACUCGGUCGCUACAGUCAGCGGACAGAGUGGCCCUCACAUGUGACGGUUGGACGUCAAGACAUCAAGACACAUAUGUCACAAUUACCUGCCACUAUUUAGAUGACUGGGUUCUCAUUUCAAACGUGUUGCAGACCAGAGCUAUGCAGGAUAGUCACACAGGGGCAAAUAUAUGCGCAUUGCUUUCAGAUGCGUUGGAAGAGUGGGGGCUUACUGAUAAAGACCCUAUCAUUGUGACCGACAACGCUACCAAUAUGAUCCGUGCCGUGGAGAUGAUGGAGCUGCUCCAUAUUGGCUGCUUUGCUCAUACAAUAAAUCUAGCAUCACAAGCAGCACUGAAACUUCCGGCCAUCUCUCGGUUGCUAGGUCGAGUUAGUCGCAUAGUGACAUUCUUUCACAGGAGCGCUAACGCUAACAAAGUUUUCAAAGAAAAACAGACGCUACUAAACUUACCCUGUCGCAAACUUAAAAUUGACGUCGUGACCAGGUGGAACAGAGCGCUGGACAUGCUCGGCAGAUUUUUGGAGCAGCAGCCGGCAAUCUCAGCCGCACUUCUCUCUCCUGAAGUCCGUCGGAGCGAAAAGGAUCUUUGCACUCUGACAGAGGUGGAUAUAACUGUGGCCGAAGACAUCGUGAAAGCUCUUCGGCCGAUGAAGAGUGCAACUCUGGUAAUGUCUGGGAAGAACUCCGCUACUCUAUCUAUUAUUGCACCAUUGCACACACAGCUCCUUGAUGAGAUGCGCUCGACUGCCAGUGAUUCGACUGUCAUAAAGGAACUCAAAUCUGCCGUGCAUGACAACUUGAGGUUUAGAUAUGCAAAUCUAAAAGAGAAGCUGUAUGUUGCAUCUGCCCUGGACCCUCGUUUCAAGACUCCUCCUUUCAUAUCUGAAGAGGAACGUGAGGACACAUUCACAACAUUGAUCAAUGAGAUUGUCACUCUUGAGCAAGCUAAGCAGCAAGGAUCUGAUAGUGCUGGCAAUGGAGGAAGUGCACCUGUAGAGGAGCAAAAAUGCCUUGAUGAAGGUGACCCCUCCCCAGCCCCACCAAAGAGGUCAAAAGAAUCCUGUGCGCUGUUGGAUCUGCUUGGGGCAGCCUAUGCACCAGUGGCUACAGUAGUCUGUGCUACUGCUGCAGACAGGGCACGAGAAGAAGUUGGCAAAUAUAGAGAAGUUACACCUAUACCGCUCUCAGAAGAUCCACUUAAGUGGUGGUGCAAGCAUGGAGUGUACCCACUUUUGUCCAUCCAGGCAAAACGCUACCUUUGUGUUCCAGGGACCAGUGUCCCAGCUGAAAGAAUUUUCUCCACAGCUGGAGACAUUAUAACAGCUCAAAGAAGUUGCCUUCUACCAGAGCACGUUGACCAACUCCUUUUCUUGCAAAAAAUUACAGUUUUAAAUGAGGCAAUGUUACUGAAUUACAGUUUUAAAUGA